CUUCGAAAAUAAUUUGGAACUUUGACAGGUUCUGAACUGAGCUUUUAGUCUUUGGUGGCCACAGACAUGUCGAAUUCGUGCUACAUGAGUGUCAAGUUAGAGGAUUCUCCCGGGUUUCCGCCAUCAAUGGCCGAUCAUUCACGCGGCCGCGGCCGCAGCCGUGCGAGCUUCUGGGCUCAGUCCAACGCUUUGCUCCGAAAGAACUUAACUUUUCAGAAACGAAAUAUGUGCUCGAAUAUAUCGUUGGUGUUGAUACCUGGAUUGCUCUGCUUGAUUUUGCUUGGCAUCCAAAUUGCGUUGAACAAAGUAAAAGCCAGCAGUCGCGGUGACAAGUGUGACGGCAGUCAUACCGAUACAGACUCGAGUGGUUUAGGCCCUUGUCCAUUUCCUAACCCACCGGAAUGGCCUCCGCUGUUAUACAUCCCCAAUGCCGCUUUCCGUGCCGUGAGAAGCAACUCGAUUCUUCCCUUCACAGACUUGCCUGACGCGUCAUGCCGGAACAGCAAGAACAACGUCACCUGCCCUCUCACUGUGCUUGUCACUGGCAACAAUCAGUCUUUCGGACAAAUUUUGGCUGGAAAUAUGUUUCCAAAUGAUUCUUUCCCUCUGAAUUCCUCUGAUGUUAUGGAUUAUUUAGUCAACAAUGUCAUGGGAACGUAUGAUCUGCCCAGCGCACCCAACUUUUAUGAUCCUGCAUUCAAUGAUCCACUUUUUAGAGUGCAGAGGCAGUGCUCCCCAAACUCUACAAUCUCUAUUCCACCAUACGGAUCGACAUCAUCCGAGGCUAAUCUAGGCCGUCGGGCCGUGGUUGGGCCGAGCUCCGCCUCUUCCCCAAUACCACAAGAGGUUAGAUGCGUUGAAGCUUUGCAAUUAUGGCGUAAAUCUUCAUCUGAGAUAAACAAUGAGCUAUACAAAGGCUACCCAAGGGGCAAUCCUGAGAGGAAGGUUAAUGAAAUACUUGCCGCCUACGAUUUCUCCAACUCCGAUGACAACAAAUUUGACGUAACCGUAUGGUACAAUUCAAGCUUAACGGAUGGCUACCUGGAUGACGACCAGAGCAGCACGCUGCGGGUUGGGCGCUCCCUGAAUCUGGCAUCCAAUGCCUACCUUCAGUUUUUAGAAGGAUCAAGCACCAAAAUGUUGUUCGAGUUUGUCAAAGAAUUUCCCAAGCCUUUAUCUGCCAGGACGUCGAUGCUAGAUAUUCCCUCUGUGAUUGGUCCACUCUUCUAUACUUGGAUCGUUUUAUUGCUUUUCCCAGUUGUGUUGAGGUAUCUGGUUUAUGAGAAACAACAAAACCUGAGAAUCAUGAUGAAAAUGCAUGGACUUGGUGAUGCACCAUAUUGGAUGAUUUCCUAUGCUUACUUUCUUACAGUUUCUUCAAUCUACAUGCUAUUUUUUAUUGCAGUUGGCUCCAUCAUAGGGUUAAAGUUCUUCACAAUCAAUGACUACAGCAUCCAGUUUGUUUUCUACUUCAUCUAUCUGAACUUGCAAAUUGCGGUGGCUUUUCUAGUAGCUUCGAUGUUUUCCAACGUUAAGGCUUGUACAGUUAUUAGUUACAUUUUGGUCUUUGGAACUGGGCUUUUGGCAGACAAUCUAUUUCGAAGCAUUAUCGAAGAUGAAUCCGUAUCGAAGCGUGUGAUCAUCCUUAUACAGCUGUAUCCUGGCUUCUCUCUGUAUCGUGGACUCUACGAGUUUGCACAGUACCCCAUCCAAUAUAAAAAAGUAGGGAUGCGAUGGGGCGAUUUGAGUGACGGGAGUAACGGGAUGAGAGAGGUCUUGAUUAUCAUGGUUAUCGAGUGGUUUGUGGUGCUUCUUGUUGCAUACUGCAUUGACCAACUUGUAUCAUCUGGAAAAAGUCCUUUUGUUUUCUUGCAAAGGUUUAGGAAGAAGAAACUUCCAUCUCUUCGGAGGCCGAGUAUGCAAGGGCAGGGAUCUAGUUCAAUUCAGAUGGAGAAACCGGAUGUUUGUCAUGAGAUCGAGAUGGUUGAGAGGUUGGUAGUGGAACGGGAUACAAGUCACGCAAUUGUAUGUGACAACCUCCAAAAGGUGUACCCAGGAAGAGAUGGAAACCCCGAUAAAUUUGCAGUGAAAGGGUGUUCUCUUGCCUUACCUAGAGGUGAAUGCUUUGGCAUGCUUGGCCCUAAUGGUGCAGGGAAGACCUCUUUUAUUAGUAUGAUGAUCGGUCUCACCAAACCAACCUCUGGCACGGGGUAUGUUCAUGGUAUGGACAUUCGGACGCAGAUGAACAAAAUAUAUAGCAGCAUGGGAUUUUGUCCACAGCACGACCUUCUAUGGGAAACACUGACUGGAAGGGAGCAUCUCCUAUUUUAUGGCAGACUUAAGAACCUAAAAGGUUCUGCCUUAAUGCAAGUGGUGGAAGAAUCUUUGAAGAGUGCCAAUCUAUUUCACGGAGGGGUUCCUGACAAACAAGCCGGGAAGUAUAGUGGAGGUAUGAAGCGAAAGCUUAGCGUUGCAAUUUCGCUGAUAGGUGACCCCAAAGUUGUCUACAUGGAUGAGCCUAGUACUGGACUUGAUCCGGCUUCAAGAAACCAUCUGUGGAACGUUAUAAAGUCUGCGAAACAAGAUCGUGCAAUCAUCCUAACCACACAUUCCAUGGAAGAGGCAGAGGUUCUAUGUGAUCGAUUGGGGAUUUUCGUCGAUGGCAGGAUGCAGUGCAUAGGAAAUCCAAAGGAGCUGAAGGCCAGAUAUGGAGGAUCGUAUAUCUUUACAAUGACAACGAGUUGGGAUCAUGAGGAAGAAGUGGAGAGGAUGGUGAGGAACCUGUCACCAAACGCCCUCAAGACAUACCGGCUCUCGGGGACGCAGAAGUUUGAGCUGCCCAAAAAUGAGGUUAGAAUUGCAGAUGUGUUCCACACGGUCGAUUGUGCGAAGCGUCGGUUCGCGGUGUUUGCGUGGGGUGUGGUUGACACUACUCUGGAGGAUGUGUUCAUCAAGGUUGCUACAACCGCAGGAUCGCCGUCUGCCACACUUUCAUAACCUCGACCUUGUUAAUUAAUAUUUAAUAUAAUUUAUUGAAUAUUAUUAGAAGAUGUUUUAAUUAUGUAUGCUGUUAGAUUUAUAUACUGAUUAACUAUAUAUUUCGACAGAGAUUAGUAUAAAUUUUAAAAUGUAUGCAUGAUUAUGUUA